AUGGGCAACACGUCACCACAUCGUUCCGAUAAAGCUAUUAACGGUGAAGAUGCGUCCAGUAGCUCUUCAUCUCCACCACCUACUGUACCUACAAAUUCGAAUGAGUUAUCCGAACGGGGAUCAGAGCUCGUGACUAACGGGAUGGAACUGUACGCCAUGCUCCAGAGCGGUUUGCGGCAGUCGUUGAGAUCCACUUCGUUAGCGUCAGUACGCGUGGAGGGAGAAGGAUGGGCAUCAUCACCUAGUCAGCGAGCUGAAAAACAGGUGGAUUAUUUGGAGCGAAGACGUAAGAACAACGACUCCGCGCGAAGAUCGCGAGAGGUACGCCGACAAAGAGAAGCGCUGAACCGACGCCAGGUCGAGAUGCUGGAGCGAGAGAACAUGCAGUUACGAGCUCAGAUCGCUCUUUUGCGACUGGAAGUCGGCCAGCUCUCCUUCGUGCUCCUCGCCGAAGGAGUGAAACUUCUCUCUUGA